AGAGAGCAGAGAGACGUUCGUUUCACGCGUUCGAAAGAAGAGCGACCGAGAGGACGAACGGGCAAAGGCGAUUAGGGGGCGGCAAGAGAACACUCGUCUCCGUGCUUCCGACGAUCGACAGUAGCGUGAAGGCAGUCCGAGAGAAUGACUCGUCGCGCGCGUUUCAACGUCUUGCGGCUGGUGGCCGUCGUGGCCCUGCUCGCGCCCUUCGCCGCGGCCAUCACCAAGAAUGAUCUCUAUCCAUACGCGACACCUGGUUCCUCGAUCCUAGAGACGGACGUCAACGGGGUGCUUACCUCAGCCGAGAUAAUCCUUAAGACGCCGAUCGCUUUCUAUGACAAGAUCUACAACAUGAUAUUUGUAAACGGGAAUGGCGUUCUAUCUUUCGCCAGGGCGAUGCAGAGGUUCUUCAAUAUCGCGUUCCCGCUGGACGAUCCCGUUAUCGCGCCGCUCUACACCCACGUAGACACCAGAGGCUCCGGAAGGGUCUAUUACGGUGAAACAGAUUCACCGGAAGUGCUCGCGGGAGCCGGAGGAAUGGUGCGCAACGCUUUCAAGGACGCAGCUGACUUUGUACCCACGCACACGUUCCUCGCCACCUGGCUGGACGUUGGCUACUACAACGAGAAAAGCGACAAAGUGAAUACCUACCAAGUAGCUAUCUCGUCGAAUGGCACGCAUUCCUAUGUCGAGCUGUUGUACCCGGAUAACGGUAUUCAAUGGAUCCAAGGUGAAUCGCACCCCAGCGGUCUACCGGACGCGAAGGCGCAGGCAGGAUUUAUGAGCGAAGGAAGAAUGUACACCUUGAAGGGUUCCGGGACAGAUCAGAUACAGAACGUCGACAAGUGGUCGAACGUAAACAGACCAGGUCAGUGGGUAUUCCAGGUUGGUCCGAAUUAUGAUCAAGAUAUAAAAGUACCGGACAACAUCGAGGACAACAGCGGUAAAAACCUUGUGGCUAGCUGUAGGACGGGAGCAACGACUUGCCACAGCAAAGCGACGUGCGUGGACUACGAAGUCGGCUUCUGCUGUCACUGCAAGGAAGGAUUCUUCGGCAACGGCAAAUCCUGUCAGCCGAACGAUGUGCCGCUUCGAGUAAUUGGCCGAAUCUCUGGAACGAUCAACAACGUUGAAUUCCCGUCGAGAGACUUGCAGUGUUAUGUACAAACGAAGGACGGAAGAACAUACACCGCUUUGUCGCGGGUACCAAAUGAAAUCGGCGCUACCUUCCAACUGCUCGGCAAUCUUGGCGGGGUAAUCGGUUGGCUGUUCGCGAAACCUAUCGGCGAAACGAAGAAUGGGUAUGAACUGACAGGUGGAGUUUUUAACCAUACGGCAGUAUUAACGUUCCUCCCAUCGGGGGAGACAGUGACGAUCCGCAGCAAUUAUCAAGGUCUGGACGUCUUCGGCCAGCUGAAGAUGGAGGCGGAGGUGACAGGUACGUUGCCGCAACUGACGAGGGACACCCGGGUCGACUACGGUGACUACGAUGAACUUUAUACCAGAACGCAACCCGGCGUAAUCCGCGCUCAGAGCGAGCGAACUUGUAAGCUGAACGAUGGCAACGGGGAACGUGAAUUAGAAUUCACGCUAGACCAGACGAUCGUCUAUCAAGAGUGCUCGUAUUUGACCGUCGACCCCGAGGACGACACGACGCGGCUCAAGUACUUCAGGGGCACGACGACUUACGAAGCUACCGAAGGCAUUAUACGUUUCGCGGUGAACACUAAAGUCACGCCGCUCGAGGAGGAAGACCCUUGCAUUCAAGGAAGGGAAACGUGUACCGAUCAUAGCAGCUGCAUAGUCGACGGGGACACGUUUAAGUGUGUCUGCAAUCCUGGAUACCAAUACCUGUACGAAGAAGACGGCAGCGCGAUCUGCGUGGACGUGAACGAAUGCACAGCCGGUAAUCACAUGUGUUCCCCGGAUGCUCAGUGUAUCAAUCAAGAGGGUAGCCACACCUGUCAAUGUCGACCUGGAUUUUCGGGAGAUGGUCGAGUUUGCGACAGACUUCCAUCCUGCGAGGACAUUCGUUGCGAAAAUUUUGAGCAGUGUGUUAUGGUCGAGGGCGCGCCGAAUUGCAUUUGCAUGCCAGGUUUCGAGCAAACAGAGGAGGGUUGUUACCCUUCCCAGCGUGGUUCCUGCGAAGUCGAGAACAAUUGCUCGGUCAAUGGUGUCUGUGUAUUUAAUGAAGGUUUGCAGAAGCACACGUGUAUCUGUUUGCCUGAGCAUUUUGGUGAUGGUUACACGUGCUAUGCGGAAACGGAUGUGACCACAACGGACGAACCACCAAAACCACGGUGCUUGGAAGAUGUGUGCUUGUGCCCGGAUGGCUGGGACUACCAGAAUGACGAAUGCGUGCGGCAGGAAGAGGCACAUACGACCGUCACCUAUGACCGAGACUUAUUGGCACGUCCGACUCCGGAAUGCUUCGAAGACUCCUGCAUAUGUCCCUGGGGAUACGAUUACAACCACACGGAGGAGAUUUGCGUGCCCCGGCCCGGAUACAACCACGAAACGAUGGGUCCAUCAGGAUUUCACUCAUCGUGCAACGUGGUGAACAGGUGUCAUCCCUACGCGCAGUGUGUAUAUGUGACGAGUACCGGCGACUACGAGUGCCGCUGCAAUACAGGCUACGAGGGCGAUGGCACAGAGUGCACGAAAAGAGAAGUGUCCUGUUUGGAUGUGGACAUCUGCGACCCGAACGCGUCCUGCCAGCAUGAGGAGCCGCUGGCCAAAUGCGUGUGCAAUCCUGGAUACGAAGGAGAUGGAACCACUUGCAGUCCCAUUGACGAAUGCAGCGGAAAUACUGACUGCCAGGAGAACGAAAGAUGCUUGUACAAUCCGACCAGCUCCCGUUACGAGUGCAGCUGCUCCGCUGGAUAUAGCAUGGUGGACGGUCGGUGCGUGGUGUCCGACUGUUCCACGAAGCCUUCUCAGUGCCACGUGAAUGCUCGGUGCGUGUCGGCUGGGGAUGGUGGCUACAAAUGCGUCUGCAGCGAGGGCUACAACGGGGACGGAGUGCGACAGUGCGUCGAGGAUCAUAUCGGCUGCAACGUACUGAAUAAUUGCGGCAGGAACGCGUUCUGCGGAUACAACCAAACCUCCGCAAACUUCGCGUGCAUCUGCCAAACGGGAUACUAUGGCGACGGUUUUACGUGUCUUCCGCAAUCGUCUUGUAGACGGGAGCCAACCCUUUGCUCGCCGGACGCGACAUGCGUGGCAGCCGGGGACAAUCAAUUCGCUUGUGUGUGCAACGAUGGUUACACAGGGGACGGAGCGAACUGCAAACCACGGCCGAAACACGAAUCGAACUUCCUCCUGGUCAACCAAGGAAUGGCCACGAUGAGGAUACCGUUCACGGCGACCUACGAUAACCCGGGCAGCCCGAUCCAUAUAGCGUACACGCAAAUGGCUAUCGCGAUCGACAUCGACUGCCUAAACGGAAAAGCAUACUCCAGCGACAUCACUGGUAAUCGAAUAACCGAGUUAACUUACAACGGUUCGAUGGCGGAGACGUUCCUACCGAAAGUAAGUAGUCCCGAGGGCCUGGCGGUCGAUUGGGUUUCGAGAAAUAUUUUCUGGACCGACUCUGGCUCGACGACGGUGGAGGUGGCCAAUCUCGAGACGAAGAAACGCAAGGUCCUCGUAUCCGACGGACUGGUCAAUCCUAGGGGGAUAGCCGUUCACCCAUACCGCGGGAAGAUAUUCUGGUCCGAUUGGAACCGUGCCUCGCCGAAAUUGGAGUGGGCCAACGAAGACGGCACCGGCCGCGCAAUCUUCCUUCAAGGGGAUUACGUCAAGCUACCGAAUUCAUUAAGUAUCGAUUGGGCGACGGAUGAGCUGUGCUGGGCGGACGCCGGGACGUUUACGAUAAGCUGCAUGGAGAUCGAUAGCAGGGAGAUUAACGUGGUAGCCAAUGCGCUCACUUACCCGUUCGGUUUGGCGAUCUCGCAUCAGAACUAUUACUGGACCGACUGGAAGACCCACAAAAUCGAAGUCGCAAUGAAGAGCACCGGGGACAGGAAGCCGGCCAUAUCGAUACCACCGGGAGGAAGCGGUAAAUUAUACGGAAUAGUCGUCGUCCCUGAGUCCUGCCCGAGAGUGACGAACGUUUGCCAAUUCGAAAACGGAAGGUGUAACAAGGAGCAACUGUGUCUGCCGGACGGCCAAGGUGGCAGAACAUGUGCGUGUGCGGAUGACGCGUCUGGACCUUGCACCGACUCUCAUUAAAACGACUUCAGCUGAUCGCUGGAAUCGAAAUAAGGCAGCAUGAUGGUUGAAACAUGCACCCAGCGAGAGCUGGGAGUAUGGUUCGGCGUCGCGUCGAUAUCGCUCAUUAAGUCGCGUGUAAAUUAUAAUAUUAUUCUUGGUAUGUUUAGUUUGUCGUCCACGUUUUCGAGUAACACACUUUUUGUAUCUAACACAACCGCAGCGUGAUGCUGGAUGUAUGGUGCUGCGGCAUGGUGCCGCGUUAUUUAAUAAAAG